AUGUCUUUCGCAAACCAGAAGGUUGUAAUAACAGGCGCCAGCAUGGGCAUCGGCGCCGCCAUCGCACGCCGCAUAGCCCACGAACAAGCCAACCUCAUUCUCUUCGCCCGUUCCGGCGACAAACUCAACGCCCUCGCCGACGACAUAGGAAAAGAGGUUGGAACGGACACCAUCAAGGUCUUCACCACCGUUGUGGACGUGUCGGAUCACCGCGCCAACGAAGACAUCAUCACGAUGGCAGGAACGAAUGUGAACGGCUUGAUAUUCACCACCUACGCCGCGCUGAACGAAGGCAAGAUGAAAGAACGAGGCCGGGGCACGAUAUUAAACAUAACGUCCACCACCGCGCUCGAAGCACCGCCCUUCCCCGGCGAAGCGGUCUACCAUUCCAGCAAAGCGCUCCAAGAAAGUUUUACAAAUGCUCUGCGCAAUGAGCUUGUCGGGACUAAUAUCAAAGUUCUUGCGCUGAGACCGGGUGUCGUGGCGACGCAUUUCCACGAGCAGAGGGUGGGGUUUGAUAGGGGGAUGUAUGAGGAGUUCAUCGAAGGAUAUGAGCCAUUGGUUGCUGAUGAUGUGGCGGAGGCGGCGGUGUGGAUGCUGAGGACGAAGGAGAGGGUGAGCGUUAAGACGCUGGAUGUGGUGCCUACUGCGCAGAGGAGUUUGCCGGUUUUUGAUCGGGCCUGGAAUGAGAGGAAUGGGGUUCGUUGA